AUGGUAGACGAAGAAUUACAUUUUAAAACUAUUUUGAGGAGGAAGAAUGCUGCAAAAGCCAGAAUUUAUAGAAAGAGUGUUAUUGAUGACAAGAAAUCUAAGAGGUUGAAAACUGCUCUAAAAGAAAACGGUACAUUUGAUAAAAGACGCGGCAAUGACUCAACAGCUUUGAGGAUACCACUAUCAGAACUUUCGCCAAACAUACUAAAUGACGGUCGUGGUAUAGCCAACGUUGAAGUAAGUCGUCAACUUCAUUCGUCCUUAAAGACUAAGUCAAGUACCAAUAAUAAUAUCAGAUCAAAAAGGAUAUCAAGCAGAAACAUUACCAAAUUAGGAGUUAACUUAUCUAAGAGGUUUGACAAUACAUUUGCUGCAACAACAUCAAACCAAUAUCCAAUACCAGAAUUGCAACUCAAUGAGCUUUUUGCAUCUGAUAGUGGAGACGAUAAUAUGAAUGAUGAAUCUGACGGCUACAAUUCAGCAACAAAUUCAAGUUUUGAUGAAGAUGAAAUGUCUAAUAGAACAGAUGCUAUGGAAACUUUUGAAAUUACAUCAGAUUACGACAGAAUCACCGCUGUCAUUGUACCGAAUGAUGAUGGAACUUCCAACCAGCCGCAGAAUAUUGAUGAGAUCAAACAGUAUAUUGAUUGUAGGUACGUUUCUCCGAGUGAAGCAUCUUGGAGGAUAUUCUCCUUUCCAAUCCAUGGUAGAAAACCAGCUGUUGAGAGAAUGUACUUUCAUUGUGAAGGUCAAAAUUCGGUAUAUUACACUGAUUUUGAUCGUAUCAAUACAGUUCUGGAAAAACCAAGUGUAACUGAAUCGAUGUUUACAUCAUGGUUCGAAGCAAAUUGCAAGUAUCCUGAAGCACAAAAUUUAACUUACAGCAAAUUUGUUUCAAAAUUUGUUUAUGUUAAGAAAAAAAGAGAAUGGAAACCCCGUCAAAAAGGUUACACAAUUGGUAGGCUUAUAUGGGUUCCUCCAACAACUGGCGAAUUGUACUAUCUUAGAUUGAUGAUCACACAUGUCAAAGGCCCCCGCAGUUAUAAUGAUAUAAAAACAGUGAAUAACGUAAAAUAUGAUACUUUUCGGGAUGCCUGUUUUGCUAUGGGUUUUAUCGGCGAUGAUAGAGAAUUCAUUGCAGCUAUUAAAGAGGCAAAUCAUUGGGGUUCAGGCAGCAUUAACAGGCCAAGACAUGUAUGGAGUAAAACAUGUCAUCUCUUAGCUGAUGGAAUACUAUAUGCUCAACAGCGAAUUGCAAACAAUAGAGGUUUGAGGUUGUCGGAUGAAGAGAUAAUGAAUUUAACAUUAAUUGAGAUUGAACGAAAUCUUCAAAGAAAGAGCCGAAGUCUCAAGGAAUUUGCUGGAAUGCCUUAUCCAAGUGGAUAUGUGGUUGAACCGUUGGGAAAUAAGCUCAUAUACGAAGAGCGGAGUUACAAUCCAGCCGAACAAUUGCAAGAAUACAAUAAUUUGUUCUUAAAUCUUAUAGAUGAGCAAAAAGGUGUAUUCAAGCGAAUAAUGGAAGCAGUAAACAAUCAACAAGGAGGCGUAUUUUUUUUGUAUGGAUACGGUGGCACAGGGAAAACCUACAUGUGGAGAACUCUAGCUUCCUACAUAAGAUCAAAGAAACAAAUUUGUUUAACUGUUGCUUCAUCGGGCAUAUCUUCACUACUACUUCCAGGAGGUCGAACGGCUCAUUCACUGUUCAAGAUUCCAAUACCUACAAUGGAGUCUUCUACAUGUAAUAUCGAUAAAGGUAGUGAUCGUGCAGAGCUACUAAAAAUGACAAAGUUGAUAAUUUGGGAUGAAGCUCCAAUGGCACACAGAUUUUGUUUUGAAGCGUUUGAUAAAACCCUUAAAGACAUAAUGGGGCGUUCCAAUUGUUCUGACAAAUUAUGCGGAGGGAAAGUAAUUGUAUUUGGUGGAGAUUUUCGGCAAAUAUUACCAGUUGUACCAAGGGGCAGCCGUUCAGAUAUAAUACAUUCUACAAUAAAUUCAUCAUACAUCUGGGAUCAUUGUGUUGUGCUGAAGCUUACAAAGAACAUGCGACUCCAACAAGCCGCCAAUACUUCAAGUACAUCUGAAUUAGAAUUGUUUUCUAAUUGGAUAUUAAAAGUUGGCGAUGGGAAAUUGGAAGAACCUAACGAUGGUUACACGGAUAUUCCUAUUCCAAAUGAUUUCUUGAUUUCUAACUAUGAUGAUCCACUAGAAGCCAUUGUUAGUGAAACAUAUCCGAAUUUUCUUAACAAUUACAAGAAUCCAGAAUUUUUGCAAUCAAGAGCUAUAUUGGCAGGAACAAUUGAAACGGUUGACAUCAUAAAUCAAUACGUUUUGGGAUUCAUACCAGGUGAAGAAAAGGAAUAUUUAAGUUCAGAUUCUGUAGACACUUUUGACGGUGAAGGAAAUGAAACUUUUGAUGUUUUGACCCCAGAAUUUUUGAAUACACUUACAACUUCCGGUCUACCUAACCACAAGAUUAAAUUGAAGAUUGGGACCCCUAUUAUGUUGCUUCAAAACAUUGAUCAACCUGAAGGUCUCUGCAGUGGAACAAGGCUUAUAGUUACAAGAUUGGCAAACCACGUUAUCGAGGCAAAGAUUAUAUCUGGAAAGAAUAUUGGAGGGGUUAUCUAUAUUCCAAGAAUGGAUAUGACUCCAACACAAUCUCCGUGGCCAUUUAAAAUGACUAGAAGGCAAUUUCCCAUAACUAUAUGUUAUGCUAUGACAAUUAACAAAUCUCAAGGUCAGUCAUUGGAUUAUGUUGGAUUGUAUUUGCCUAGAAGUGUAUUUAGUCAUGGUCAACUAUAUGUUGCAAUAUCAAGGGUCAAAAGCAAAAAAGGGCUUAAGAUAUUAAUCAAUGACAAGGAUAACCAUCCAUUGAAUUCUACAACAAACGUCGUGUUCAAAGAAGUUUUUGAAAACUUAUAG